AUGAAGCUCUUGUUGCUUCCGCUGCUGGUCCUUACCGCAUGGGCUGCCGAUUUCAGCCAGCCAGUCCUCUGGGAGGACUUGGCUGACCUUGAUAUCUUCCGUGUUGGCGAUACCUAUUACUACUCUGCUUCCUCUAUGCACUAUUCCCCCGGUGCCCCCAUUCUCCAGUCAUACGAUCUAGUCAAUUGGAAGUACAUCGGACACUCAGUCCCUACCCUGGCAUGGGGAGACAAGUACAGCCUCAUCGGGGGACAAGCUUAUAUCAAAGGCAUCUAUGCUUCCACGAUGCGGUAUCGCAAGAGCAAUCGUCUCUGGUACUGGAUCGGAUGCAUCGAAUACUCCCGCACCUAUGUCUACACCUCCCCAUCCCCCACUGGGCCCUGGAAGCAGGCCGCCAUGAUCAAUACCUGUUAUUACGACGCGGGCCUUCUCAUUGACGACGACGACACCAUGUACGUGGCAUAUGGUAAUACAAAGCUCUCAGUUGCCAAGCUGUCGCAAGACGGGUUGCGUGAAGUGACCAAGAAACAAGUUUUUGCUUCCUCAAUCCCUCUGGAGGGGUCUCGGUUCUACAAACGAAACGGCCAUUAUUACAUCUUCGUGACCAAGCCUGCCAAUGCCCAAUAUGUGCUCAAGGCCAGCAAUCCCUGGGGCCCGUAUACUCAGAAGCGGUUGCAGGAGAAUAUCGCAUCUCCCGUCGCGGGGAGCGGUAUCCCUCAUCAGGGAGGUCUUGUUGACACCCCCAGUGGGCAAUGGUACUACAUGGCGUUCGUCGACAAUUAUCCCGGCGGUCGAACUCCCGUGUUGGCGCCCAUCACCUGGGGUUCUGACGGCUUCCCAGCCAUCAAAACCGUCAAUGGAGGUUGGGGCCGGUCAUAUCCCUACCCUACCACUCCACGCCCGUUGGAACGCCCCACCGGAAUUGAUACGUUCGCCGGUACAUCUCUCAGCCCUCAAUGGGAGUGGAAUCACAACCCCGACCCGAAUCACUACACGGUCAACAACGGCCUGACUCUACGAACCGCCACGGUCACACACGACCUCUACGCGGCCCGGAACACGCUAACACACCGAAUCCUCGGCCCCUCAUCUACAGGCACCAUCGCGAUGACCCUGACCAACAUGAAGCCCGGCGAUCGCGCCGGAUUGGCCAUGCUGCGCCAGGAUUCCGCGUAUGUCGGAGUGGUCAAGAACGGAGGCACCCUGCGAGUGACCAUGGUCUCCGGACUCGCCAUGAGCAAUACGUGGGCCACCAUCUCAACCGGACGAGAAGUAGCCGGCGUCAAUCUACCCGGUGGAACGUCGAAGAUCUGGCUGCGCGCAUCCGCCGAUAUUCGACCGGGAAGCGGACGCACCGCGACCUUCCACUACAGUACCGAUGGCUCGCAUUUCCACUCCAUCGGGAAUGCGUUCACUCUGAACAACUCCUGGGAGUUCUACAUGGGCUAUCGGUUUGGCAUAUUCAACUACGCCACGUCUGCGCUGGGCGGAAGCGUUCACGUAUCUUCGUUCGAGCUCACAAAUUAA